CUUGUUGUUCAGUUCGUCAUACGCGUUCGGUCGAUGCAGUUGAAUUUGAGAGUUUCAGAACACGGUGGUGAGGUGGCACAGUUUUUUACAAGUUCAAGGUUGAGGAGUUGUUUGGAGAAGCAGAAAAAACACGGUGCAAUAAAAUUUAAUCGUAGAUUCACACACCUGUAAACCAGAUUACACCUGAGAGCUCGUUUGGGAACUAGCCAGAGCAACUGACAAUGUCGAGCGAACGUAAGCUGGACGUGAUCAUUUUCGGUGCCAGUGGUUUCACCGGCAAGUACACGAUCUACGAAGGUAUUAAAAUCUUGGAUGGACUAAAAUGGGGCGUCGCCGGUCGCAACAAGGACAAACUGGCCAAAAUUCUCCAGGAGGUGGAAAAGAAGGCGGACAAGGAUCUGUCCGAAACGCCAAUCAUAAUCGCUGACGUUAAGGAUGAGGAAUCGUUGAAGAAAAUGGCCGAACAGUGCCGAAUUGUGGUCAACUGUUGCGGACCGUAUCGAUUUUACGGUGAACCGGUGGUGAAAGCAUGUAUUGAAGCUGGCACCCAUCACGUGGAUGUUAGCGGUGAGCCACAAUACAUGGAGCGCAUGCAGUUGCAGUAUAAUCAACAAGCGCAGGAGAAAGGAGUUUACGUUGUAUCUGCCUGUGGGUUCGAUAGUAUUCCAGCUGACAUGGGAACUGUUUUUCUGGAGAAGGAAUUCGACGGUGUGGUGAAUUCGGUUGAAACUUUCCUGGAGACAACGAACAAAAGCAAAUCCACGGGUGGAGCAGUCAUUCACUACGGAACGUGGGAGUCUGCCAUUUACGGGUUGGCGCAUGCCAAUGAACUGCGAGGAAUACGAAGCCAGUUGUAUCCGGCGAGACUUCCCAACUUUCAGCCUAGAUUGAAAAGCAGACCACCAGUGCAUAAAGCCAGAUUCAUGAACAAUCGCUGGUGCCUUCCAUUCCCUGGAUCGGAUCGAUCGGUGGUGAUGCGAUCGCAGCGAUACUUUUACGACAACGAUAAGAAACGACCAGUGCAGAUGAAGGCAUAUGUGGCCUUUGAUUCUUUCCUGGUAGUUGUAGGCGUAAUACUGGUGGCAGGUGUCUUUGCCAUAAUGACUCGAUUCAAGCUUGGUAGACAGCUUCUGUUAAAGUACCCACGCUUUUUCUCGGCUGGAUUCAUUUCGCACGAAGGUCCGACGGAGGAAAUGAUGCAGAACACCGAUUUUGCAAUCUACUUCAAAGGUGAAGGCUGGAACAAGGACGAAGCAUUACUCGAACCGUCCGACCAGUUCAAGGCUCCACCCAAUCAGAAGAUCAUGGUGAAAGUUUCCGGAAGCAAUCCCGGCUACGGGGCCACUUGUGUGGCACUGCUACUGGCGGCUACGACCAUAUUGAAGGAGAGCGAUAAGAUGCCGUCAACAGGAGGAGUUUUUCCACCAGGAGCCGCUUACUCAAAAACUAAGCUGAUUGAAGAACUGUGCAAAAAUGGCUACAAGUUCGAAGUGCUCAAAUGAGCGAAUGCAUGAUAUAUCUUGAUCAACAAAUGCACAAAUUGCAGAUGCGACUAAAUAUGUUACCGUCGUAAACUUUUUUUUUUUUGCAACGAAUCGCUGAGCGUUAAACUGCAAAAUUUUUUCUUAUUAUUAUUAUUAAUAAAAGCACAAUCUAUUUCUAUUCAUUUGGGAUAAAUUGAUUAUUAAACUUUUAUUGUAUAAAA